CUUUAUCACAAGUCUGGAACACAACCGAAAGAGAACGAAGACAUGCGCCGAGCACCCUUCACGCAUCCAUUUUGUCACACAUCCUCUGAUAUAUGAUCAAUAUCGCUGGCCCAAACGAGAUGCUGAUAAUUCAUGUAAACACAAAUAUGAUGGAUCAAGGCGAAACAAUAUGGCGGCUACGAGGGGUGGAAAGUUUUUUAGCAAAAAGUUUAUCAAAUAAGUAAUUUUUUCCAACUCUAAUCAAAUGACGUAAUGGCAAGUUAAUUACAGUUUCUAUUUUUAAACUCAUGAAACAGUUCGUAGAAUCACUAGUUCUUUCAUGAACUCAGUUAUAAUUUAUAUUGUGAUAUUGUUUUUACUCAUUCAUUGCCAGAACUACUAGUGUCCCUUGCGCCAUUUCUAUGUAUUUGUAUCAUAAACACACAUUCGCACAAAAUACUGCAAGGCACACUAUCAGUCACAUUUGAAUAAGAAUAUUGAAUAAGAAUUUGUUAAACGCUGCUUAACCCUCGACUUAAUCUGUGUAAAAGUCGGUGUGGUUAUGGGCUACGAACAGGGUCGCACGCAGCGGGGGAGGGGGUUUCCGAUAUUAGUAAAUGACACACGGAAGUUCGUAUCGGAAGUCACCUCCACUAUGCCGUAUGACGCAUUCCGCCACCUCACUGACACAACAUAUACUUGCCUUGAAAGAGCAGUUCAUACCAGGUUGCAGCAAUAGAAACUAAUUUGAAAAGCAGAACAUCCAAGAAUAUUUUCUAUGGCAGUAUAAAAAGGUACGUAUAUUAUUGAUAUACUAUUCAUAAGUUAAAAGGAGUUUUAGUUUCUGCUCACCAAAGUUGUGAAAUAUAUUGUUUAAAUGUUUGGUUAACUUGAUAACAAACAUAAACAUGAGAUUAGUUUACGUCCUUAUUUAUGUCUAUAUACUAAACAGCACAUGUAACAGCUUAAUUCACUUUACUCAAUUACUCCACUGCCCUUUUAAUCGUAGUUUAGUCUGACAACAGACGAUUUUACUAAGUAUAAGCAAGUCACAGUACAGACAGAAAAAAAGACUAUCAAAUAUCAUAAUUAUGUUUUAAUGGCUUAAUGCUAACACGAUCAGACAAGCUCUGCUAGAAAUGCGAAACCAAGAAUGGACACAAAACAUUCAUAUUGACCUCAGGACUCACGCAAAUUAGAUUUUAUAAUUUGAAAUAAAAAUGCAACAAAUGUUAUGGUUGAUUGUUAUUGGCCACCUUGUGAUGGUCAAUGAUAAAUGUAAAGUUUGAUUCUGUACUAUAGACAGUAAUAAAAUACAUUUUUGCACGCAUACAUCAUGUUUAACAGGUUGUGUUGAAAUGAGCAAACACUCAAACAGCAAUAUAAGUUCCUUCUUUGUGCGAUAUAUAUAUAUAUAUAUAUAGCUUUGCAUGACAAUAGCUUAACUUUUUUUGUGGAAAAUACUAUAUACGUUUAUUUGCAAUAUGAAUGCGGACGAGCAUACGGAAGUUUUCAAAAGGUUAACAAUAAAAAAAUUGUUUAAAAAAAUUUAAUGAUAAUGGGAAGUUUAAUAAUAUAUCCGAUUUUAAUGUCGUAAUGAUUUCUCUCAGACAUAUAUAGACAUACGGUCGGUUCGCUAAUGGGAGUAAACUUAAAGGUUUCGAGUGGUAUGCAAAUUACACCGAAUUAGGAAAUAACUUUCUGUUCGGAUAUAUUGGAAGAAAUAUUGUUUGUGGUUUGGUUCAUUUGAUAUUGCUUGUGACUGGUGAUUAUCGUUAAUAAUUAUGAGCAUUUCUUAACUUUGCUUUGAGAUAAACAUCAGUGUGCGACUCAACUUGUCUUCGAUAUAUUUAUAGAAAUUGCUUGGUCAGUUGAAAUUUGAUACGAAGCGAGCAAGUCGAGCAAAUACGAAGGUAUUAAUUCGCAUCACUUUACACAACAUCUACUUUCUCAAUUAUUAAAUAAAGACGAAGGCUGAGAUAGCAUUUUAUAUUUUGUAACAGUCAAAAAACGUACAUCUAUUAAAUACAUUGGCUUGUGUGGCCAUUGGUUUGGACUUGUGAACAUUUUGAAGAUUAUUUUCAAUUCCAAUGAGUGAAAUGGCGGUGGAGGCAAAGAACAAUGCUGAAUCAAAUGAAAGCAAUGAUGAUGCAAAUUUAAAAGAGGUAUUGUCAACUAGAGACAUAUUAUUGUGCCAAAAUGAUGUUUUUUAGAUCGUAUACAUGUACAAUUACACUGUAACACAAGCCAAACACAAGGCAUAGUUGUUUACUUUCUAUCAUAAUUAUCCAGGCGCAAAAUAAAUUACAGCAUAUGGCUGUGCGCAAAAUUAUCACAUUUUGCACAUGCGAUAAUUUUCAGAAUAUUUGUGCCACAAACUCGCUACUAACUUCCCGAAGCCGUCGCUGGAAACGUUGAAGUUCUCCUUGUAUUUUUGAGCUCGUUAAAGAGGCUCGCGUGUGAAUGCCCCGAAGGUAAAUACUCGAACGACUUCGCCCGGGCAAGUAUCCUGCAUGCCGCCAUAUUAUGACACGAUGCGAGUAAAAAACUAAAUUUGACUAUUCUACAUGUAUACUGGUUUAUCUUUUGUUAUUUCUGUGUUUAUACAUUUAUGUUCCAGGUCAUUUUCUCUGCAAACGUUUUUAGUCUUUUUGGUUCAAUUGAGCGAGACUAAAUGAAACCAUUUCCCCCACGACCACACGCAAGCAUUGCCACUAAGUGGAUGACUUUCGCAAAGCACUUUUCAAAUUCGCAACAUAAAAAAUGACUGGAUAAAAUUCCGAAGCGCUCUUGUGGAUAGAAUGGGACUCUACUCCGAGUCAACGACUAAAAUCCAUCUGUAAUUUACAGAUGGAGGUGAACCUGCAGUUAUCAGAGUGAGGAAAUGAUGUUCUUUCUUUUUAUUACAUGUGGUAGUGUUGUAUUUGGAGGCAAAAAAGAAUUGUGAGAUGUAGUUCCAAUUUCCUGCCGUCCUACACUAGUGGCGUUGCCAAGGAAGGGCAGGAGGCACUCCCCCGCCCAUUUUCUUACCCCAGCUAAUGAGGGCUUCGUGCCAAAACACUUUCACCCGCUCCCCCCCCCCCCACAGAGCAGCCAAGAUCGCUUGCGAAAAGGGGUGGGGUGCGAAAUCUACCAAGGCGUAGCCUGCGUUAUAUAGUCAAGGCGUUGCUAAGGUAUUUUCACACGCCAUAACUUGAAUGAGUAGGUACAAUAUCCGAUUGCAAACUUGCAGUAGCCAAAAGUCUCGGCUCUUUAAAUAUCAUAAAUAUUAUUCUCAAUCUUGGCAAGCGCACCUCCCAUAGGACAGGCCCUAACGCUUCAAAUUCAACAGGAAAACGAAAACUUAUGUCAAUAUCCUAAAAACCCACCGCGAUGGUAUAAACGCGGAACUCAACACUUCCUCAUGGAGCCAAAUCAAUAUGAAACCAACUUUUGUCCUUUUGAUUAUUGACCAAUGCAAAAUUGCUUCAAACAUUUCCUCGUCUUUGUAAACAUUUUUCGUGAAUUUCCGCAACACGACUUCAUGGUCGCCAGUACGAAGUUUAGUUGGAUACAAAAAAAGUUGAUAUUUGAUGAAAGCGUUUCACAUAUUUAAAGCUGCAGUAUUAAAGUUACAUUAUUCAACUCUCUCUGAUCCGAAAAUAUUCUGACCAUGUCUGGAAGGGGCUUUGUCUAGAGAUAUAGGUAAUUUGUUCCACAUAUCAGCAGCUAUCACCGAAAAAGAUCGGCCUCCCUCUUUUUUCCUUCCCACUUAGACAAAUGUAAAUUUGUUCAGUACACGAAAUUUCAAAACAAUUGGGCAAGUAGUUUUUGAGGAAUAUGUAUUCAAACAAACCCUUGAGCUAUUAAUACCAGACCCCUGGCCGUGCGCGAUCCCUAUCAUGUGUGACAAUGUAAAGUGAGAUAGUACAAAACGAAAUUUUGAUUCAAAAUCUUGAAACCAAAGUGCGCAAAAAUAUCGCGUUUAAUUUAGGGUGCGCGAAUUUAAGACUGAGCGAAGGUAAUAGUUUUUCAUAUUUAUCAAUUUCAGGUCCGGUUCAGCGACGAUAUUGAAGUGCAUUACGUGCCAUCUCGAACACUCUGGCAGAAAACUAAAACCAACAUCAAAUAUUCACCACAACAGAUUAAAAGGAAAGCCAAGUCUAUAAAGGACUCAGUUUCAGACUCAUACCAUGUCAUGGUGGAGCUAUUAACGUGAUGUCUGAAACAUUAGCAGAUGCUGGCAUUUUUACGAGGGACAAACGCAAGUAUAGGUUAAUAUGCAGGGCUGCAGGUUCCAUUCCUGCCACAGAACCAAUACUUGCAUUUUUGGCAAUUGCUCCUGGUUACAUUUAAUAAGUGUAGAAAAUUCACACGUGAAAUUUCCAUCCACAAAACCCAUCACCUACUAAGACUACAACCGUUAUAUCCCAAGAGAAUAGCCAUAAUAUUUCAAGCCUAUAAAGCUACCGGGUGGCCAAAAAAAAAGUACUCCUGUUUGAUUCGUAAUAACAUCUAAACAAGUAUAGCUUUUAAAGAGAAAUAACUUGCAUCAAAUAGAGGAAGGACUAACUUAGACUUUGAUAUAUUACAGUUGUAUUUAACUUAAAAAUUCACGGAGAUAUUAAUCUUUAAAUUCGGGAGGAUAUUUCUGGAUGUGUCUGAAAUAUGCAAAAAUCGGCGUAUCAAAUAUUAAUAA